CCCCCUCCGGCCCCCGGCCGGGCAGGGCCGGGCAGCCAUUUUGGGCAGAGCUUUGUUAUGGUUCUGGGGCCGCAGGAGGCAGCGAGAGGGGCCUGGCCGAUUUGAUGAAAACCAGUGAAGUUGGCAGAAACGUGGUCCUGCUUAGAAUACUUCAUGAAUGCAAGGAUGUUGUUUAACUUGUGUACUUGACUACAGUUCCUGUCUCACCUCUUUGAUGGAAGAGGACUAUAACCCAGAAGUGAACUCUCCACUGUAGAACAAGAAGCCCUUGUGGAAUAAUUGUGUCCCUUUAAAAGCAGCAGCCAGUCUACAAGAAAUAGAGUAGAAGAAAUUAUUUUUGGACCUGGCAUUUUUUUCGUUCAUGUGACCUAUGUUUCAGCAUGUAAAUGGUGAACAACGAGGAAAACAUUUGUGCCUGCUUUUGAGCUUUAUAUCAAGUAGUGCUUAGCUCUGUGGAGCGUUAGCCAACUUACGUGAAGACCAGAGUAUAUCCUAACUUUCUUUUUUUAAAAAUAGUAUACCUUUUUUUAGCAGAUGUAUGUGAUAAAAAUGAAGUUUAUAUUUUAAGAGCAUUUGGGCAGAUGCUUCUUGUUUAGAUCUCAGCAUUUGGGGCAGAAGUUUUUACGCAACAUCGUCACUUUUCCAGAGAGUUCAGGCUAAUCUGCUGCAGAUCAUGAAUUAUCCAGCAGACUUGGGUGUAUCUGUUCAGUAUUAACCAUGGUGUUGCUCUGAAUACUGUCAUGCACACUUGACAAACCUUUUUGUAAUGUAAAGCCUGACUUCUGCAUUACCACGACCAGAGGAAAUUUAAUGAGGUGAACGUGGUCGUGGCUCUUUUUUUUCAAUAUAAAUUACCUUCUAGGGUAUCUUUUUUUUUUUCCUUUUUUUUUUUUUUCUUUUUAUAGUGAGAGAGCAAAGAGAAGUUAAAAUGAGCAGUUGAGGGAGUGAAGGGCACAGUUGGCACGAAGUGCGGCCUCUCGUGCUCUGCUUCGAGACGCACUAUUGCCUCAAGGCUGGCCUUAGAGCAUACUGGGGAGGGAAGGAGCCCACAGGUCAGUAAAGCACAGAAACUGAGGACAUUGGACUGCAGAGGCCAAACUCAGGAUCCUGGCCAUGAGGUUUGAUGCCUCAUUUUAUUGAAGGGAGACACUGGACCUAAAUGGCGCAGCAUGACUUUGUUCCUGCCUGGCUUAACUUCUCAACACCACAGUCAACCAAGUCCCCUGCAGCCACCUUUGAGAAACAUGGAGAGCAUCUUCCACGGGGAGAGGGCCGCUUUGGCGUGAGCCGUAGGAGACACAACUCUUCGGAUGGAUUUUUCAAUAAUGGGCCCCUCCGAGCUGCGGGAGACUGCUGGCAUCAGCCGUCCCUUCUCCGCCAUGAUUCUGUAGAUUCUGGUGUUUCUAAAGGAGCUCAUGUUGGGCUUUCUGGCAGUCAGCCUGGCUGGCACGGUCCUUCUCGGGGCCAUGAUGGUGUGAACCAGCGUGGUGGAGGAGGAACUGGAGUUCAUCGCCACUGGAAUGGCAACUUCCAUUCUCGGAAAAGUUCCGCCUUUCAAGAAAAGCUGCCUGUUGAAUCCAGGGAAGAGAAGAAGGAAGAUAAAGAGCAGUUGCAAUUUGAGGAAGAAGACUUUCCGUCUUUGAAUCCAGAAGCUGGAAGACAAAACAACCAGAACAAACCUUUAGGGACACCUUCUGGAGUAUGGGAAAACCCCCCUAGUGCCAAGCAACCUACCAAGAUGCUGGUCAUCAAAAAGGUUUCAAAAGAGGAUCCUGCCGCUGCCUUCUCAGCUGCAUUUACAUCACCUGUUUCUCACCUGGCAAAUGGCAACAAAGCCACCACCAUUGUCCCAAGUGUCUACAAAAAUCUGGUUCCUAAACCUGCAGCUCCUCCUUCCAAGCCAAGUCCAUGGAAAGCCAACAGAAGUGAACACAAACCAGGCUCGCUUUCCUCCAGCCGUGACUCUGCCUUUACCAGUCCAGUGUCUGUAACCAAACCAGCGGUACUGGCGAGUGGCUCAGUCCUCACCUCUCCCAAAGAGAGUCCUUCCAGCACCACCCCUCCCAUCGAGAUCUGCUCUUCACGCCUGACAAAGCUGAUGCGCCGUACCACUGAUAAGAAGAGCGAGUUCCUGAAGGCACUGAAAGAUGAUAGAAAUGGGGAGAUAACCGAGAACAGAGAAUGUGACAAGCUGGAUGAUAUGGAGAGCAACAGCACACCAGAACCAAAGGAAAACUGGGAAGAGAACUGCCAUCAGAAUGGCCUUUCUCUCCCUUUGCCAGAGGAGGGGGAAAACCUCUCUCAUUCAUUGGAAGCAGAACACAGGUUAUUGAAAGAAAUGGGAUGGCAGGAAUAUCCUGAAAAUGAUGAGAACUACCUUCCCCUCACGGAGGAUGAGCUCAAAGAGUUCCAAAUUAAAUCAGAGCAGCGAAGAAGAAAUGGAUUUGGGAAGAAUGGAUUUCUUCAGGGCCGCGGCUCCAGCCUGUUGUUCCACUGGAGAAGCACUUUUAAGACAAAGAUUGAGGACUCAGACACAGAAACUAGUAGCAGCGAAACGUCAGAUGACGAUGCCUGAAAGCGGGCACAAGAAAAUUAAAAUAAAUAAAACCAACCCAAUAAACUCAGUUCAUAGUUCAACACGUGUUUGGGGUUGUAUAAACUAAACAGAGUUUAUUCUGUCUCCAGUCUGUUCAGUUUUUUUCUUUUGUUGUUGAUACUUCAUGCACAAGGGAAAUAAUUGUAUCCCAAAGAGAGAAAUUGGCUUCUUUAGCUUUUUCUUUUGGUUUUGCCCUAAUGCUUAAUAGAAGUUUGUGCAGCUAGCAAAUUUUGACAAAAAUCCCUUGUGGGGCAGUGCACAAGUUCAGUCUUGUAAGCAGGAUACAAGUGGCUGACUGAUCUUUGCAACAACAAGCUUCUAACAGUGCUGCCCGCAUUACACAAUGGCGUGCGGCAACAGUGUGCUAAAACAAUCAUUGUCAAUGACAAAAAUGGCUAUUGAAGUUCUAAUUAUGUUAAAUUAAUGCUAAUAACAUGGAUAUUUUAUUUUAUUCUAUUUUUUUUUGGCGGCUCGGGGAGCUUCAUCACUUAACCAGGCGUUUGUGGUUUUCUUCUUUUUUUUUUGGGUACAGCUGUAAAAUAUUUGGAUAUAGGAAUUGUUUGUGUUCUUCUUCUUGCAGCCUUGAUAUUCAGGGUGGAUUGUAAAAUAUAAAUUUUUUGUGAGAUUUCAAAGAUUAAGAUUAUUUUGAUAACAUUAUUUACAGAUUUAAAAAAGUGACUAUCACAUUGAGUCUGUAUGAGGGGGAAAAACUACUGCAUCAAAAAUAACUAACUUGGAAUAAAUAUUUUGCAUCAGUUUGCCAA